GCUGUCGUUGUCGGGCCUAGGCACAGGAGGCGCUGUCGAGGCCCCGCUGCCCAGUGGCUGCCUCCGCCUCCAGCCUCGUUCCCCGUCGCCACGCAGUUCCUCGGCGCUAUGCAGCUCCUACGCUCUUUGGCCGCCGUCCUUUCGAGGCCCGUGUUCAGCCGGCCACAAGUGAGCUGCAUGGCUGUGCGGCUUAUUUCUGGUCCAUCCGCUGUCCCGAGUCCCACGCCGCCCAAGCGGCCUCUCACCUCCUUCUUCCGCUUCUUGGCCGAACAGCGGCCCCAAACAACUCUGCAGUACCCUGAAAUGAAACACACAGAAAUCAUCAAGAACCUAUCGGAGCAAUGGAGAAAAAUGUCAGACAUACACAAGGAGAGAUAUCAAGAGAUUGCAAAAGCUGAGAUGCAGCAGUACCAAGAUGAGUACCAGCGAUUCCUCAGCAGGCUGUCGCCAGAGCAGAUCAAGGCCAGGAAGGAUGCGAGUAAAAAGAAGAGGACCAGGCGCUUGGCUCGCAUCCGAAAGAAGGAGCUGAUUGCCCUGGGUAAGCCCAAGAGGCCGAGUGUUCCAUUCAACAUCUUCAUGGCAGAGAACUUCAAGCGGGUGACGGGUUCCUCGCAGCCGGAAAAGUUGAUCCGGUUGCGUGACGAAUGGUCGGGACUCGACGACAUGCAGAAGCAGAAAUAUCAGCAGUUGGCGGAAGACGACCGCGUGCGUUACACGCGAGAGAUGGCGGCGUGGCGUGAGCAGAUGCGCGAGGAAGGCCGAGGAGACCUGGUCGACGUCAGGGCAGCGCGCAAAAAGCUGACCGCGACCAAGAGAGCGGCAACAAAGGGCAAGGCAAAGGCAAAGCCAAAGGCGAAAGGCAAACCCAAAGCCGCAGCCAAGACUGAAGACAAAUUGGCAACAUCCAUGGCAAUAAAGAAAAGCCUUCCGCUUAAGAAAAGCAGCAGCCAAACGGAGCGGGAGCUGUAGAGAAGUGAUGUGCGUGCGCGUGUUUGUCCGAGUGUGUUAUUUUCCCGAAAGCCAUUGAGAAAGGCUAAGGGAAAAUACGUUUUCAAAAAUGUAGGAGCUCCGUCCGCUUUGCUGGCUUGGUGAGUAUUGGCAGUUGAGCCAUGUAGCAAAUGUAGGCAAUUUGUGUCGUUUUAUAUCUCAUGAAGCUGUGAAUAUCCAUGCAUUAAAGCAUCAGGGCAGUGUUCCCUAAACGUACAGUUCUCGUAAACAACAACUUGCUACAUCUGCAUGUGUUUGAUGAUUGGUAAAGAUGUCCCUUAUGACAUAGCACUGAUUCAAAUUUAGACAGGAGACCCAUACAUAGACAAAAUCUCUUCAUUAAAAUCAUAUCUCUCACCCCCAUCUCGCCUUUCUCAGGCUGUUAUAGGAAAUACUGUUAGCAAGCACCCGAUAAAGGUGCACAAGGGGGUGUGGGGUGUGUCCAGUACCAUGCCCUGCUGCCCUUGUCACUCCAGCACGGAUCAUCCUAGGGAAGGCUCAGGACCGUUUCAGAUAUUUGCCAUUCAUGUUGGGCAUGAGCAGCAGUCGAUCUUGGCUCACCAGGUGCGGAGCGCAGUGCCAUUACCACGACUGCCCCGCGCCUUGACGUGUUUCUCAUGGCAUACAUGGGUCGCAGAAGAUUAAUGUAAAUUGGAAUUAUCUUCAUGGCACUUGUUUAAAAAUGAAGUACAAGCAGUGUGACAAUUCCGUAUGCAUUUGAACAAAGAAGAUUGGAAAAGAUGGAAAGACGCAGUGCUAUGGGUCAAGAGAACUGGAAUUUGGGAAUCGUGUCAUGAAAACGAAAUUUAAAGCGCUAGUGUAAAUAAGCCUUCCGAGCUAUCGGGAGAUGGCGUCAACGUACAUGUAUAACGCGCGUAGAACAGAUGGGGGCGUUGUUUUGUCAUUUCAGCACUCGCACCUGAUCACAUGAACAUGGCCAAAAUCUGGUUGCAUAAAAAGUGCAUAAAUUGUUAUGGAUGAAGAAUGCUGCUGUUCACAGAUUCUCAGGGAUAUGGUUAGGAUAUUUCAGAGUGAGGUGGCCGGAUGGUUCGGGUCAAACACCGAGCUGGCACUGCUGAGAUCCUGGGUUCAAAUCCAGUCUGUGCACUGUGAUUACAUCGGGUUCUGUCGUGUGGUGAAUUGUCUUUGUCCGGUCACCAAUGGCUGCAUACAAAAAACCCACAACAUUUGGUUCAGCAUUAUGAGACCUUUUGCCAGUAGCAAGAUAUAGUAAUACGUUUUUACCCUUUUAUCUGGCACCAAAACUGACACCUUUAUACAAGGGAUCAUGUUUGCAAUUACCACAACACAAGCGGUCAAAAUGCAAACAAAAAGAGACAACUCUGAUAAAAUAUGCACUGUCCUUGAAAUUGAAUGGUCCACACCCGAGACGACUUUUCUUAGAGCCUAGUCUCCACUGGUGUACGCCUUUUGGCGUCAUCUGGUCCAACAGUGGAGACGAGACUCUAAGAAAAGCUGUCUCGGGUGCAUUUUGACUGCAAGUGUUGUGGUUAUUGCAAAUAUGAUCCCUUGUAUAAAGGUGUCCGUUUUGGUGCCAGAUAAAAGGGUAAAAACCUAUAACUGUACUAUGUUUGGUUCAGCGCUUAAUUGGGCUAAAUUCCAGCUCCGUGGUUUGACUUGUCUUGGCAUGAACAUUGCCCUUGGUGGCAGGAUGGUUUGGAAAGUGGUUCCCUUUCAUGGUGAGAAUUCAGAGGUCGCCGGGAGGGAUCUCUGAAUGGAGCUCUGUGAUAUCCGCUUCCCCAAGACGUUCUUGAGCAUCGGUUCCGAAUGGCUCAACUCAUGAGGUCCGUUUGUAUUCAUCUCGUGACAUGCCACACCGAUAGUGAAGCCAUAGCGUUUCGGAAAAAAAACUGAAGAUUGUAAGCGUGCACGCCUAUGUGCUGAGACUAUCCGUGUCACUCGGCGCACAUACAUUGAACAUUUUAUAGCCUACACGAGAAACUUAUUUGUCGUAUGUACUUUUGCUUAUAUUUACGUAACCGCUUAUUGUACCAUGAUUUUUCAUAAAUAAAAUAUAGACUUGAAUGUG